AUGACUAGCUGGCCGUCCUCGGUCCGGUUGAACAACAUCUCCGUGUUCGCUGGCACUUUCCCUCUUCUUCUCGCCUUUUCAUCCGUGGCAUUCGCCCAAGCACCGGCUCCAAUCAUUGAUGUCGGCAAUGCAAGAUAUCGGGGAACCGUCAACGCUGCAACCAACAUCUCUAGUUACUCAGGCAUUCGAUACGCUGCCGCGCCCGUUGGCGGCUUGCGCUUCCGGGCGCCUCAAAACCCUCCGGUUCUUGAGGGCGUGCAACAGGCUACUACUCAGCCACAACAGUGCCUUCAGGCAGGCUCCGGGAACUCACCCACAAACCCCAACCCAACGUCUUCUCUGAGCAGCAGAGCGACACAGGAUCCUGAGGACUGCCUGUUCCUGAACGUGUUCUUCCCAGGGAGUACUGUCCCCGCGCGCCCACUCCCCGUAGUCUUUUGGAUUCACGGUGGCGGUUAUGUCGCUGGAGGCGCAGGUUCGUUCAACGGAGGUGAUCUAAUCAGCGAGGCUAAGAAUGGUGUUGUUACUGUCAUCAUCCAAUAUCGUCUUGGCAUAUUUGGUAUGGACGUCACCUUUUACUCUUCAACAUGCGUUGACCAUCCGUUGGCAGGCUUCUUGUCCGGCUCGCAGGUCAAGGCCAACGGUGCGCUGAAUGCCGGGUUGCUCGACCAAGAAUUCGCAUUGAAAUGGGUGCAACAGCAUAUCAGUAAAUUUGGAGGUGAUCCCGAUCGAGUCACCAUAUGGGGGGAGUCAGCGGGUGCCGGAUCUGUGUUGCAGCAUGUCGUAGCUCGGGAUGGAAGGACCAGCCCUCCACUGUUCAGAGCAGCGAUGUCAAGUUCGUCUUUCUUACCUUCUCAACACCCCUUCGAUGGGGCUGUUCCAGAGAGCAUCUUUAGCCAGGUUGUCUCGCAAACAGGAUGUGGUGGCUCCGCAGAUACCUUGUCUUGUCUGAGAGCAGCAAAUGUUUCGAUACUGCAAGCUGCCAACGUAAACGUAAAUCGGGCUGGCUUCUUCGGAACAUUCGUAGCCGUUCCGGUAGUCGAUGGCGAAUUCAUCACUCAACGACCCACCCAGGCGCUUCGUCAGAGAAGAGUUAAUGGUAGAGCGCUCCUUGCUGUGACCAACACACACGAGGGAAACAGCUUUGUGGAUCAAAGUACGGCGGCUACAGUCACGGCGGCAGACUAUGCUCUCCGCCUGUUCCCUAGCAUUGGGGCUGUGAAUGCCGCCACCGUAGCAAGAUUGUACUCCGGGGUCGGAGCCCCUAUUGAUCAAGCGAACGCAAUUAUGGGAGAAUCUAUCUUCAUUUGUCCUACAUACUUCAUGCUGAAUGCCUUCCCCGGGACCUCUUUCAAGGGAGAAUUCGCCGUUCCGAAUGGCAGUCAUGGAGAGGAUGUAGCCUUCUACUUCACUAGCUCUGGACCUCCAGCGUUCAACAACCCGACUUUCAUCACUGCCUUCUCUGGAGCAUUCAUGGACUUCGCUACAGCACUAGACCCAAACCGCAAAAUUGAUAGCACUAACAUCACGCCACAGUGGUCAAGGCACCUCAUAGGGAAUGCCGAAAUGCUGUUUAAUCGCACAGUGGGAGGAGCGUCGGAUAUUCGAGCCAUCACGACGUCAAGCACACUCUUGCAGCGAUGCGCCUUCUGGGAGAGUGUUGGCCGGCUCACCGCUCAGUAA